GCAGAUUCAGGACUUCAUGGGCAAUGGGAGUUUUUUGGGGAGCCCUAGCAGAGAGAAGAGACUGGUGGGGAUGUGAGGUCACAGAACCCCAUUUGAUGUACAGUCACAGAGCCCCACUUUGAUCUGCUGUUCAGUGCCAGCUCUGGACACCUCUGAGGCAGCAGCAGUGGCAGCAGCAGCAGCAGCAGCAUGUUGCGAGCACUGGGGGUCGUGGUCCUCACCUGCUGCCUCCCCCUCUUUCUGGUGGCCCUGCAAGCCCAGGAUGCCCAGUCUGCUCCAAUGCAAGGGCAGGGAGCAGAUGUGGCCAAAGGAAGGCCUCUUCCAGCUCCUGAGCCAGAUUCCAUGUUGAUUCCAAGCUGGUAUCUCAAGGGGAAGAAUUCCCACGAGUUCCCUGAAGAAUUCUCUGAAGCACACCCCGAAAUUCCAGAGGAUGUCCAGACAGACUUGGAAGAAGCUCCAUCUGAGAUGGAGCCUAAGGCUGUGCAGAAGGAGACCUUCCAGAUGGGAGGAAGUGACAGAGUGCCAGUCUCAGGGGAAGAAGGAGAGGCAAUACAGGGCACCAGGGCACCUGCUCAGCUUCAGAGAUGUCCUAGAGGGUCAGCUACACUGGAAAAAGCCAAAACUGCUGACUAUCAGGGACUUAGCAAGAACUAUAUCUUAGGAACUGUAGCAGCCUCAGCUGUGCUCCUGCUUACCAUAAUGGUCUGUGCCAUAGUCAUGUCACGGCUGAGAAGGAGAGACACAGAUAAAAGCAAAGCAGAGUCAGGAGAAGGAGCAGGAAGGGGCGAGAGAGACCAAGCAAACACCAAGUUCAACAACAGCUGCCGCCUGUCACCAGGGAUCUUUGCGGCAGAGCUCGCCCAGCUAUACAGGAACAUGGGCACAGACCCCACACCUCUGCCCGCUUGUCCCAGCUGCUCUCUGGCUGACAGGGCCUCUUCACGGGAGAACUGGGUUUCCCUGGACUCACUCCAGCCCACACUGUCCUGGUGUCCCUGCUACCAGUACCAGCAGGGGUACUUUACUUCAGAUGAUGACGACUCUUUAAUGGAUAAUAAAUAAAUAAAUAAAUAUAUUGUUAAAAGACAGUGAAUUCUCACCUGUUUUGGCUGUUUGUGUUGGGAUAGAAUGCACAGAGCUGGAAGCAGGGGUGGAUCUGUAUGAGGAGCUGGGAGAGACCUGCACUCCUGACGAACACUUUUGUCCCAGCAUCAGCCUGGUUUCCCAACUGG